AUGGCGAUGAUGAUGGCCGGCCGUGUGCUGCUGGUGUGUGCCCUCUGCGUGCUGUGGUGCGUUGCCGGCGGUAUAUGUGACGAGGAGGCGGGAGGUCCUGCCGGUGGUGUUGUUGGGAAUGGUGGUAGAAGCGCGGUGGAGUCUUCUGAAUCUUCAGCGCCAGGACCAGAUGCCUCAGAACCACCAAAUGAUGUGCUCAAUGUUAAUCAAGCAACAGGAACAUCUGCAGUAAAAUCUUUGGAAGGAAAAGAAGUUAGCACUGCUCAACGGGAUGUUCUUUCCAGAGGGAAGGAUAAAAAAGAUGGGAGUCCUUCAGAGCAUUUGGAAGAUCCUGCGGAAGAUGCUCCAGAAAAUGAAAAAACAAAGCUGAAAUUAAAAAAAGAAGAACAAGAAGGAAUAGUGCCGCUACAAUCGCAAGCAAAUGUGUCACCGCAACCGCAGCCACAACCGCAACAGUCACAACCGCCAUCCUCACCUCAGCCACACAUUUCUUCUUCAGAAAAGGGUAAAGGUGUUGGCGAGAACACUAAGGGUGGAGCAGGUCAGUCCUCAUUGGCAGUGGAAAAUAAGGGAAACAAUGAUCCAAAGGCCCCCAGAAAAGAAGACUCAUUAAAUGUUCCAGGUAAAGAAUCAGAAAGCAGUGAACAGGCCCAAACGAAAGUGCCAAACACAGUACCGCCGGAGCACAAAAUCAAAAAUGAAAUGUUAACUCCGGAACAAAAGACGAAUGAAGGCCAAAACACGGAUACAUCCACGAACCUACCCGAAACACAAAAGGAAAGUAAGGAAUAUCCUGCCUCUAGAGAAGGUGCGGUGCAGAGUACAUUAACUGGCGGUCAAGAACAGGAAGCUGAGCCAUCUACAAGCGAAGAACCUUCCCCUUUUGGGGAGGAACAACAAUCCACAGGGACGAAGACAACUGCCGAUGCUCGAACUCCGGAUGCUGCAGCGAAAGAUAAAAACGCCCUUCGUACAAAUGCCACCGCAAAUACAGGCGACAGUGAUGGCAGCACCGCGGUCUCCCACGCCACCUCCCCUCUUCUUCUUCUUCUUGUUGCGUGUGCGGCUGCUGCUGCGGUGGUGGCCGUGUGA